AUGCAGCUCACAGAGUGUCCUCAGUCAGGAUACCAAGUAGACAGGAGAGUGUGGGGAGAACAGCAGAGACACCAGAGAGACACACAUCUCCCAGAGUAUCACCAAGAGCUUCUCCAAGAGCUACUCCACAAACCUCUCUUGUAUCGGGUACAAUUGUCAUCCAUAUUCUGAGGAAUGCUCUACUAAUAAGCUACUAAUAAGACAUUUUGAGGAAAAUAAUGGUAAAACUUGUAAGGUACCAUUUUUACAGUAUGUGCCUAAUUUUGUAUCUGCAUCCACAGCUCAUGUUGGUGAAUCUCUGUCUGGUACAGACAUUUCUCCACAAUUCCAGUCUGCCUAGGAUUCACUCUGCACCAUCAAUGGACAGACACACAUUUCCCAGAGUUUCUCAAAGAGUUUCUUCACAAUCCAGUCUGGCAAGGAUUCCCUCUGCACCAUCAAUGGAGGAGCUACUGGUGUCUGCAUCUGAUUAUUUUGGUAGUGUUUCACCAGCAGUUUCAAGAAGAUCUUCAGAAAGAGCUCCUUCUGAAACAGUCAUACGAUAUUUUAAAAGUGAUUUAUCAGGAAGAGCUUUCUCUGAUCCAGAACUAGUUGAUGCAGCUCACAGAGUGUCCUCAGUCAGGAUACCAAGUAGACAGGAGAGUGUGGGGAGAACAGCAGAGACACCAGAGAGGCACACAUCUCCCAGAGUUUCUCCUAUAACUUCUGCAAGAGUUUCUCCAAGAUUCUCUCCACAAACAUCUCUUCCAUCAGGUACAAUUUGUAGAAUUAUCUACAAAUAAGCUAUUAAUUGUUUGGUUGAAAUGUUCACAGUAUGUGACUUAGUUCAAAUGUAUGCAUGCAUGACUGUAAGUCUCUUUGGAUAAAAGCGUCUGCUAAAUUACAUAUUUAUUUAUUUGUAUAUUCAUCCACAGCUCAAGUUGGUGAAUCUCUGCCUGGUACAGACAUUGCACCACAAUUCAGUCUGCCCGGGAUUCCAUCUGUAGCAUCAAUGGAGGAGCUACUGGUGUCUCUAACUGCUUCUGUUGGUAGAAUUUCACCUGCAGUUUCAAGAAGAUCUUCAAGAAGUAGUUUGUUAGAAAGUGCUUCCUCUGGAAAAGCAACAAUUGAAGCAGUACACAGAGAAGAGAGUGUGGAGAGAACAGCAGACGCAACAGAGAGUCACACAACUCCACGAGUGUCUUUCAGAGCUCCUUUGGCAACAUCUAGGACAAGAGUCCUUUCUGAUGUGGCAGUUUUGUACAGACCAUCCAUUGCUGAAGGACUUUGUCUUGAGGUCUUGGACAUGGAGUCUGACCAGGUGAAAACAUCAGUGAGUGACAUCACUGCACAAGCUUCCUCUCACACUGCAGCAAUGGAAACAGCUCAUGAUACGGUCAGGAUACCCAGUAGAAAGGAGAGUGCAAGGAGAACAGCUGAAACGCAAACAUAUUUUGCAUCAGGUAAGUAUCAAGAUUAAUACAUUACUGAAAUAUUAUCAACGAAAACCAACUAUUUUCUAAAGAUUUAUCUUCCUAAUCUCAUAGGAUUAUUGAACAACAGUACACAAGUUUCAGGAACUUCAAUCCGCCUUCAUGAAGAGGUGACUGCCCACCCUACAGAAGUGCAGCAGGGGACCCUGCGACAUGGAAUCUCUCUUGGACUUUCUCGAGCCAAUGUGGUUGGGCCUCAAAACACACGGUCACAGAGUGUGCAGACUGGACCAGGUACAUUUCCCCUCAGAAUACAAGAAUUCAACUUUAAUAAUUGUUCAAUCAUAUUUUUUUAAUAUGUGUGUUUUGAAGACAUUUAGGGAUUUUCCCCUCCAAUGCCUUCAGAAAGUAUUCAAACCCUUGACUUUUUCCACAUUUUGUUGUGUUACAGCUUGAAUUUAAAAUAGAUUAAAUUCAGAUUUUUUUGUCACUGGCCUACACACAAUACCCCAUAAUGUCAAAGUGGAAUUAUGGUUUUACACAUUUUUACAAAUCAAUUAAAAAUGAAAAGCUAAUAUGUCUUGAGUCAAUAAGUAUUCAACCCCUUUGUUAUGUCAAGCCUAAAUAAGUUCAGGAGUAAUAAUGUGCUUAACAAGUCAAAUUCAACCCAACACAUCACUGAGUACCACUCUUCAUAUUUUCAAGCAUGGUGGUGGCUGCAUCAUGUUAUUGGUAUGCUUGUCAUCGGCAAGGACUAGGGAUUUUUUUUUUAGGAUAAAAAGAAACAGAAUAGAGCUAAGCGCAGGCAAAAUCCUAGAGGAAAACCUGGUUCAGUCUUCUUUCCAACAGACACUGGGAGACAAAUGUACCUUUCAGCAGGACUAUUACCUAAAGCACAAGGCCAAAUAUACACAGGAGUUGCUUACCAAGAUGACAUUGAAUGUUCCUGAGUGUCCUAGUUACAGUUUUGACUUAAAUCGGCUUGAAAAUCUAUGGCAAGACUUGAAAAUGGCUGUCUAGCAAUGAUCAACAACCAACUUGACACAGAACUGGAAGAAUAUUUAAAAGAAUGUGCAAAUAUUGUACAAUCCAGGUGUGCAAAGCUCUCAAGAUUCAACUGUAAUUGCUGCCAAAAGUGAUUAUAACAUGUAUUGACUCAGGGUUGUAAAUACUUAUGUAAAUGAGAUAUUUCUGUUUUUGAUUUUCAAUAAAUUUGCAAAAAUGUCUAAAAACAUGUUUUCACUUUGUCAUUAUGGGGUAUUGUGUGUAGAUGGGUGAUUUUAAAAAAAUUUAAUCCAUUUUGAAUUCAGGCUGUAACACAACAACAUUUGGAAUAAGUCAAGGGGUAUGAAUACUUUCUGAAUGCAUUGUAUGUGUGGAAUUUUACAUUUUCAACUUUUAUGUUGCAUUCUAUUGUCAUUUUAGAUUAUCAUGGCCCGCCCUCGCAUAGCAUUCCUAUUGGAGCAGGACGUGUCACUCCUGAUGCGCAGCCUGCCCUCGAGAAUUUCACCAAUCAGGUCUGGACACUAUACCACUUGGCCAAUGAGACCGAGGAGGGCACACUAUCCACUAACGCUAUCUCCCAGCCUCCGUUCAAUGGCAGUGCUUUCAUUUGCAACUUUGGGUCUGGACAUGUGUUACUGGCAGAGAGGUCCCCCUCCCCUCAGCAGUCUGACCCCCAGUCCUGGUGUGGCCGACCCAGACAACAACCCCAGCCACCACCAUUCCCAAUGUGCCCAAGAAGGGCCUUCACACCCAGGUCACAGACCUCAAUCCUCCGCCCUCCACCCCAGCCUCCGACCAUCCUCAACCAGGAGAUCAGCAUCCCCAACUACUUCCUGUUCCUCGAUGGCAACCAGGUGUCCCUGGGCCAGAGUGCUCGUAGUGUUCCGACCGCAAUGUUUUCCAGGUCGAGAUCUGCUGUGGUCAGGGCGGACGACCCCCCGGGGUACCUGUCCUUCUCCGUUCCAAUGGAGAUGGUGAGCGGAGGUUCCGGUCGGGACGGCCAGGCCCAGUUCCUGCAGGUCAUCAGUGAUGAAGGAAACACUGUUUACACCCCCGCUCUCAUACGCAUCGUCACCUCCGAACCCACAGAGGAAGAGGACCAGGAGGGAGCCGGGAGGUGGCCAACUAGUGCCCCAUUUAAUUGGUAG